AUGGGUAAUCUACCUAAGCAUCGUGUAACACUCGAGAGGCCUUUCUUCAACUGCGGAGUGGACUAUGCCGGUCCUAUUUCAAUCAAAUUCAACAAGGGUCGUGGAGCAAAAUCAACCAAGGGUUACAUUGCUCUAUUUAUUUGUCUCGCUACUAAGGCACUACACAUCGAGGCAGUCAGCGAUUUAACCGCUGAUGCAUUUUUAGCUGCUUCUUUGCGUCGCUUCAGUGCUAGACGAGGAGCUCCAAGUCACAUUUACAGCGACAAUGCAACAAACUUCGUUGGGGCUAAUCGAAAAGCUCAGCGAAAUACAACGAUUGUGGGGGCUUCACUUCCUAAGAACGAAGCCGUUGCUCAUCAUUUAACUCAAGCAUCAAUAGAAUGGCACUUUAUACCUCCAGCAUCUCCUCAUUUCGGAGGAAUUUGGGAGGCCGCAAUUAAAUCAACCAAAUAUCACUGUAAAAGAGUAAUAGGUGAAACUCUACUUACUUUCGAAGAAUUGACAACUCUAUUGGCUCAGAUAGAAGCCAUUUUAAAUUCUCGUCCGUUAUGUAGUGUAAACAAUACUGACAUUGAUUGCAUUAAUAUUCUCACUCCUUCACAUUUUCUUACAGGAGACGUGAUCCUAUCCCCUCCUGAACUACCUCUUACUAGUCCUGCUAAUAUACGGAAUAGGUGGGAUCUCCUUCAAAAGAUGCGCAAGGACUUCUGCAAAUAA